AUGGGGGAGUCCGCCCAGCGCCAGUCCUCGGGACUGGGAUCGGUUUGGAAACAUCUGUCUUGGGCACUGUUGACCGUACAGUGCACGUCCUUUGUCUUGCUAUUGCAUUAUUCCAGAAUUAUGUCGCCGGCUGGCGGCAAGCGUUACCUAACGUCCACAACCGUUUUCUUCAAUGAGGUCGUAAAGCUCGCUAUCUCCCUGACCAUGGCGCUGUACGAGGUUUCGAAGACAGCCCCUCCUUCGGUUCCCGCGACGUCCCUUUUCUUCUCCCUCACAACUGCCACAUUCUCCGGUGAUAGCUGGAAGCUUGCUAUUCCUGCCUGUCUCUAUACGCUUGCGAAUUCGCUGCAGUACAUCGCUCUGUCGAACCUGCCGCCAGCCACCUUUCAGGCAUCGUACCAAUUGAAACUCAUCGUCGUGGCCGUAGCGAGCUUGGUACUGCUUAAGAGACCUGUCUCGCUCCGGAAAUUGGGGCUCAUGGUCCUUCUCUUGGCGGGCGUUGCUUUGGUGCAGAUGCCCAUUGGCAACCCUGACGAUAUGACUCUCCAAGAUGAGACUGCGCGUCUUGCAUUCCCGCGGUCUUUGGAAGAGUGGAAAGCCUCCAAGCUAGGACGCGAGAGCCUACAUAAGCGUUCUGCAACCUAUGAGGGGAUUGAGGAGGAUAUGAUGACCGCCAACCCAAGACUUAAUGCUACCGUCGGCCUCUUGGCCACAGUUGGCGCCUGCCUCGCCUCUGGCGUUGCAAGCGUUUAUUUCGAGAAAGUGCUGAAGGAUAGUGCCAAGUCAACAUCGCUCUGGAUCCGUAACGUGCAGUUGUCCGUCUAUUCGAUAUUCCCGGCGCUUUUCAUCGGUGUUAUCUUCUUGGAUGGCGAGAAGAUUGCUGCCAAUGGCUUUUUCGAGGGCUACAACUGGAUUGUCUGGUCUACUGUUGUCGUUCAGGCCAUUGGUGGCAUUGCCACGUCCUUCUACAUUGGUUACGCAUUCAGGGAUGGCAAGAACAUGGCUACGGCUGCGAGUAUUGUACUCACCACACUGGCUAGCGUUUGGCUAUUUGAGUUUGAACUCACUGCCAAUUAUCUCCUGGGAUCAUUCGCAGUAUUGGUAGUUACCUGCCUUUGCGAGGAUGCAAGUUCUGCAGCUGCCCAGGCUAAGCGUCAGACCUUCCGUCCACCUCCCAUUCGCGUGGAUCGCUAUGAGAAGGAAAGCAAGAGUGGGGAUGCUUCACCAGCCUCCCCAUCACCUAACGAGAUCUCCAUUAAGCUUCCUGGCACGCCUUUUCUCUCUACUGAUGGGCUUUCAACGUCCAGGCCUACAUCCCCGGGCCAUGUACGCGCUGGUCGCACCCCAAGCGGUGGGUAUUUCGAAAAGCACUCACGGGACCACUGA